AUGAGCAGCAGCAAAGAUAACUACGAAUUCACAUCAGGUUAAAUUAGACCAGAUGCUGACAAAAGCAAAUCCAGUCAGAAUGCUUCUACUUCAAGGCAGGAUAAUUCUCACAAUAUUGUACUCCAGCAGUCUUUUGCAUCUCAAAAAGAGAAUUUAAGUGAUUCUAUGGGAUAAACUCAGCAUAAGCUAUUCGUCGAGAAUUACAUUUUGUGCGACACAAUUGCAUUAAGUCCAUUGAAGGAAAGAUCUUACUAUCAAGAGGGUAACAUAAAUUACGGUUCUUCUCAGUACAACUAGAAGACUACCUUGUCCAAGCAGUAUCACAGAAAUUUAAGCAUUGAAUCCCCUCAGUCAGAGAGGCAUGCUCAAAUGACCGCACAUAAAACUUCUGUCCCAAGUUAAUCUAACAAUAAUUUCUCAAUCAAGAACAAUCUAAUAUUCAGCGCUAAUAGUGCUAAGGUGACACCUAGAGGCAGAUCUAGAGUCGUCUAGAUUCCAAAUGAGAGAAUUUUCAGCUCAGCUCAGAGAACUUACAACAAUAACUUGCAUGACUAAUCUUUAAUGAACGAUGAAGAUCUAAUGUUCAAGAUUGAUCAAGUCUAGGAAAUUAUCCGCCAAGAUCAAAUAUCAGCGAACCAAGAAUUCAAUAUGAAAGUGAUGGACCUAAGAACUUGUCUUAACUAAGUAUCAAUUGAUAGCUAAUCAAUAGAGCUUUAACUCAUAAACAGUAAGAGGCAUGUAAAGUAUUUGCAAAUCCAGAUUGAUUAGUGCAAGCAAGAAUAGCUGUUUAUGUUGAGUCAGCUGGCAGAGGCUAAAAAUUUGCAAUCAGAUCAAUAGUUGGCAAUCGAUGCCUAUAGAGAACAGAUAGAGGCCAAAGAUUCAAUGAUUGAAGAAUUUUAGGAGAUGUUUAAGGAGUUUGAAUAUUAGAUAUUAAUCAUUGAGGGUAAAACAAAGGUCGCAGAGGAUUAGAACAAGAGAUAGGAUUAGAAUUAUUAAAAGUAAAUUCAGUAAUUAGAGAUGAAGUUAGCACUAUAGGAUGAGAAGCAUUUUUAAGAACUUAAAGCUUUGCAAAAAGAGAAUAAAGAACUAAAGGUUAAAUAGAAUCAAGAGUCAAAAAACCAAAGAUUACCUUUAAACUUUAAGCCAACAACUUAAAUUAGUAACUUGGAUGCUUCAGGUGUCAAUGAUUUAAGGUAGUUGCUAAAAGAUAAAGACUUUGAAAUUGAGAACUUGAAGAGAAUAAUUGAUAGCCUUCAGAGGUCUUCAAGAAAUGGAGGGCCUUUGAACAGUUCUCAGAUUGACUUGGAUUCUAGCAGAUUAGUUAUAUCUAGUCUUAACUCAAUUCAAGCGACAAACCAAUCAAUCAUUACUAAUAAUAUAUUUAAUAACAGUAGAGAUUUCACCUCCAAUUAACAGUAGAAUUAAGAACUCAGAGGCAAGCUGUAGUAAAAGGAGUUGGAACUGAGUAUGGUCUAGUAAGUUAACAGAACCACUCUAGACGAGCUGAAAAGGCAAAAUUAAGAGCUAAAAGAUUCAUUACUCAGAAAAAAUAUCUCUCUUAAUGAAAAAGAAUUGUAAAUAAAAAAUUUCAAAUUUAAUGUGACGAUCGGACUUAUCGUUUGCUUCUUCGGGAUGCUGUGGGGUUCGAACCCACGCCCUUUCGGACUAGCGCCUAAAGCUAGCGCCUUGGACCACUCGGCCAAGCUACCUUUCUUGAGAACCUAUCUAAUUCCAUUCCUUAUAAAUGAGUCUCAUUUUAGUAUCUUUACUUCUUGCGGAUAAUUCAAUGAAUCUGCCUAGGAGUUUGAUUGA